GGUGUCAUGAGGUGUUUUUUCGUUAUUUUUAUACUUUGUUUCAUACGAAGAUUUACUGAUGGGCAAUAUCUCUUGGAAGACCGUGCUGACGACUCUGAUAACAAUGACAUAGUCGUUCUAGAAGAGAAAGUUAAUAACGAUUCAGGGGACGGGACACACGAUGCAACAUUUCGAGGAGACGAAGAAGAUGAUGAUGAGAAAGAUGAGAAAGACGUGACGAAUGCUAAGGACUCGUCUUUAGAAGCUAACACGGAGGCUCCCCAAUCAGACGAAGAGGGCAAAGGAGCCGUGCUUGAAAAGGAUAAGAAAGUAUUUUCGACCGGCAAAGUGAUUUGA